UCUGCUCUCUCUCUUUCUAUCUCUGUCUCUGGUUCACUCCAAUUGUGAGUGAAAAGCAGUUCUGUAGAAUUUAGAUUCAUUUCUUCGCGGCUGAUUGUUUGCUUUCUUUUGCCCUUUUCCUUUGUUGCUCUUGGGCCUCAAGGAAGAGGAAAAAAAGGAACAACUGGUCUUUCACGCUUUUAUGUUUUAUUUAAGCUUGCUUCGGAUUCGUCGGAUUCUCUCUGUUUUCUACAAAUAUUUCACUUGGGUUUUUUAGUUUAUUUGGAUUUUUUGAAUUCCGAUUUGCCUUUGCGGUUUUUGAUUUCUGGGUUUUCCUUUUCUCCACCUUUUUUCUUCUCUAUGGGUUCCUCUUUCUCUAUUCGUCUGCCCCUUUUAUAGAUAGCUUGGGCCUUGGGGAGUUGCCCAUACAAGUCCUAAUUAUUUCUACCCUUCUCCUUUGCUUUCUCUCCUGUUGCUGCUCAAAUAUUUCAUCCCAAAAUUAUUGCUUUUAGUUUGAGUUACUGUAGAUCUGACAAGCAAUCUUGGGUUUAUACUUGACCAGAAAAAAUCGUUUUUUUUUUCUUCUGAGUUUAAUUAUUUUUUAGUUUGACAUUUAAGAUUUUAAUCGAAUUUGGGAAGUGGGUCUUUUCUAGAUUCUUCAGUUUAUGCUUAUGUGAAAAGGUAUUCGGAUUCCUUCCAAAUGCCUAUUGAUUUAAUGCCUCUAGUCUCCUCUUAAAAUCUCCACUUCUCUGCAUUUCCUCUUGGGGUUUUCCUUCCCCUGUUUUCUGUUCCUUCUGUGUAUCAAACAACUUUGGCGAAAUUCAUGGCUUCCCCGUUUGAAAGAACGGGAAGUUGAAAGUAGAAAGAGUGAGUUGCCCACCAAUUGUGAAGUUAUCUCUUCCCAUCGCAGUGUUCUGUGGUUAGAAAUGAUGAAGUGUGAGAUGGAAAUUCUUUCUCCACAGUCCUAUUGUACCAACUCAAAUUACUCAAAUUACUCAAAUUGGCUGCUUCAACAGAGCAAGAGCAGCGUUUGGACCAACGAAGAGAACAAGAUAUUUGAGAAUGCCCUCGCAGUGUAUGAUAAGGACACCCCUGAUCGAUGGCAUAAAGUAGCAGAAAUGAUCCCAGGGAAAACUGUGCUGGACGUGAUGAAGCAGUACAAGGAAUUGGAAGAUGAUGUCUGUGAGAUUGAAGCUGGUCGGAUACCGAUUCCUGGUUAUCGUACCUCUUCUUUCACAUUGGAGUGGGUGAACGAUAGUGGUUUUGAUGGGUUAAAACAAGGCUAUGGUCCUGGUGGGAGAAGGUCUUCUUCCACAGGUCGUCCUGAUCAGGAAAGGAAGAAGGGAGUGCCAUGGACAGAAGAAGAGCACAGGUUGUUCCUUAUGGGUCUCAAAAAAUAUGGCAAAGGAGACUGGAGAAAUAUUUCCAGGAAUUUUGUGGUUUCAAGGACCCCAACCCAAGUGGCUAGCCACGCUCAGAAGUACUAUAUAAGGCAAGUUUCUGGAGGGAAGGAUAAGAGAAGAUCCAGCAUACAUGACAUCACAACUGUUAAUAUCACAGAAUCUAGGCCAACUUCACCAGAAAACAAACAUCAAUCUGGAGAUCAGACUAGUGUACGUUCUCAGCAGUCCAAUGUGGUUAGCACCACACCCAAAACAUUAUUUGAUUGGAACCAACCCAGCAAUGGAUCACCAGGCAUGAUUUUCAACUCACAUGGCAACAUGAUCAUGCAUUCUCCUUAUGGUAUGACACCUUAUGGGAUUAAGCUACAAGGUCAAAAUCAACGCAGAGAGGCUGGAUCUCACAACAUGGUGUUUCAAAUGCAGUCCUCAAGAUUCCAUCCUCAUGGAUAGGGUAGAGUUGUUUUGGGUUUGGAAAUGACAAAUGUCAUUUUGUUCAGUAUAGGAGUGUUCUUUCUGUGUUUUUGUUGUCGUUUUUAUGUGAAUAUUGGGACUCGAAGUAGUAGUUUAUAGUAUGUGAUCUUCAGUAAAUAGGAUUUAUAUUGUGCAUCUAUUUGAAAUUGUGAACUUUGGAAUGGAAGAGAAGAUUCCCAAACUUGGGUUCUGUUUGCA